AAAACUGGAUAAAACAGGAUAUAAGCAUGUAUAAGCGUGAAUAAUAUGUUGAUGAUUAUUUAAAUAGCUAAAAAGCUGGCAAAGCUUGUUAAAGUGACAAUAGAAAACUCAGAUAACAUUCGAUAAAUAUGGAUAAGUGCGGAUAAGCACGGAUUGGAGGGAAUAAGCACGGAUAAUGUGUUUUGAAUUACAGUAAAACUUACAUUUAUGCUGUUGCGAACAAGAAAGACCUUAGGGAUAAGAGCAGAUAAAUAUAUUGUUAAACAAGUGCAGGAAACAAAAUUGUCAACUGGAAGCAAAAAUAAAUCAGGCAUUAAAAUAGGGUUAAAUGGAUAACACCUGUAUAGAGGCUAACAACUUAAAAGAUGAUAAGGAACUAAGCCCAAUUUUCAAAUCUGAUGAUGAUUGUACAUAAAAACUGAUAAAAUGAAUGUCGCGAUAUAAAAGCCGAUUAAAACAGAAAUUAAAGUAAUAAUCAUUGAUAAAAGCCGUUUAAGCGUUAUAUGAUUAAGAUAAAGACGGCAGCGAGUGCAUGACUGAUAAGAAACGCCAACAGACACCCAUUCAGGCCUUGAUAAGGGAAAGUAUUUGUGACCGUAAUGAUCGUAAAUCGCACAUUAUAUCGGAUGAUUGUCGGUGGCCGUUUUGCUAUCAAAAAACAAAAACGUGUGCACAACAAUUGAAAUCGUUUCUAAAAUAUAUUGUUUCGGUCUGUUGUCCAAUGUACAAGCCGCAAAUACGCUGAGUUAUCAAUUCAGGCAUUCGGCAUAGGCAUGAAACUCGGAUAUAUAACUCAAAGUCCCCCCAAUAUAAAUAUCAUCGACUGAUUUUUCAUAAAGUGUCUAGUAAUUGCGAAUAAUCUGGCUAAUUGAAGACACUGCACAGUGGUAUAAUAUUGUAUAUCACAUGCGAAAUGGCUUGGGCAUCUUUCAUUGGUCGCAAUGUGCGGAACAAUAAUUAUCAAUAUUUUGGGAUUGUCAGAUUAAUCUGGCAUUAUGUCCAUCUAUAUAUUCUUGGUCAUAAUGUUUAACUUUAACUCUCACACUAACUCUUAAAUUUACAACGGAAACAUUCGAAUCGUCAAGAAAGCUUCGCUUAAGGUUUGCUUGAUUGGUUCCUGAGCCGUUCGUGCCUUAGAACCUUUCUGCUAAACGGGUUCAAGCCCUGUUUUUUUUUUUUUUUGCAUAUGUUUGUGAACCACUGUGCGGGGGUCAGCGGUCAGCUUGAAAAACCCCGUAAGCAUUGUCGUCGCGCGCGCAAAAUGAAAACAUUAACGAGUGCUUUCUGACCGACUAGUAGAUACCCUAAGAAAAACUGGGCCACAUAUUGCAGGCGGCGCUUCUUCUUCCUUCUGCCCUAUAGCAAAUGCUAUGUUAACAGUGCGAUCUUAACGAGACUUUCAGGUUUUAAAUAUGACAUACAAAAGUGUGGACAUAUCAAGGUGCAAGGCUCUAUCUUUAAUAGUUUUGUUUUUUGCAAUUUUAGCAAGAAUGCGUGAAGGUAUCAAAAAAAAGAACCUUUCGGAACCGACCGAUGGGGGUUUCUAUACGGCCGGCGUUGUGGAGUUCCGUCAGGCCAUUGGUCAGGAUUCCAAUGAGAAUUUGGCGGAUAACUUGGCCGGCUAUUUGGAGCUGAUCGAAUCUCCCGAUGCCAGAACUGCGGAUAUAAUUGUCUUUCCGGAACUAACAUUGAAUGACAUGGAGACGCUUACGUUUUUGCCGAAGCCCGAGCAGUCGCUGUCGCCAUGUGUGGACGAUCCCAUUGCCCGUUACUAUGCUCCGUUUCUGGUCAGCAUCUCGUGCGCCGCCCGCAAGGCCAGCAAGUAUAUUGUCAUCAAUAUCUGUGAGCGGCAAUUGUGUUCCGCUACUCCGGAGGAUACCCGUCCGUGCGCCCCAACUGGAUACAAUGUCUUCAAUACGAACGUUGUCUUCAAUCGCAAAGGCACCAUUAUCUCCAGAUACCGCAAGAUCCAUUUGUAUGGCGAGCCAAGGAACAGCACCUUUGUGCCGGAGCCGAUGAGUUUCAAAACGGACUUCGGUGUAACCUUUGGCCAUUUCAUUUGCUUUGACAUCUUAUUCUAUGAUCCCGCUCAUGAGAUGCUACUGGAACAAGGUGUUCGCGACUUUAUUUAUCCAACCAUGUGGUUCUCGCAGCUGCCUUUUCUAACAGCCGCCCAAGUGCAGCUGGGCUGGGCCUAUAGCAACGAUGUGAACCUAUUGGCAGCGGGCGCUAGUCAUCCGGAAUUCGGCAGCACUGGAACUGGCAUCUAUAAUGGACGCGCCGGCACCAUCACCGGCGUGAUGAAGUGGGGCGAGGGCGAGCGUCGCAUCUAUGUGGCCAAGGUGCCCAAAUAUCAGAUGGCUAAGAAUAUAAAGGCGCAGCGUCCGCAACGUUCCUUGAAGGCGCGAUUGGAGCGGAAGAUGCGUCAAGGACGCAAUUCAGGAAUUCUGAUGAAACGCGACUAUCUGGAGCAAUACGAGAGCGUCUGGUUGGAGCAGCUGUAUCAACAGACUGACGGCAAUCUAAAGCAAAAGGUCUGCCAUGGCAUGUUGUGCUGCAAUUUCGAGCUACAGUGGCGUCAAUUGCCAGAGGGCACAGCCGACAACAAUUUUUACGGCUUUCGGCUGGGCGUCUACGAUGGUUGGCGCAAUGAGCAGCAGGUGGAUGCCAACUAUGUGCGCAACUGCGCCAUUUUUGCCUGCAGUGGUCCCGACAUUGAGGACUGCGGCCAGGUGCUGGACACUAUGCAAUCACGUGUCAACUUUAAGCGCAUUAUCAUCGAAGCCAUGUAUCCGAGGUCGCGCGAGUUCCUUUUGAUGCCGAACAGUGUCCUCGACAACUUUUUGCCCCUGGAGCCGCCGCAGUUCAAGUGGUCAAUGGUAGAGAGGGCCGUAAGCAAUCAGAUUAGUGUGCGCUUCGGCCUAACUGACUCCGUGCAGCUUUCCAAUCUGCUGACCUUUGCCAUCUAUGGGAAUUACUAUGAUGAUAAUUGCACCUUUGGCAAGGGCACCCCGGAAGAGGAUCGCGAAUGUGGCUAUUUGGCCACUGGUGGUGGUGCCGCCGCUUUGCGCUCGAUUGGAUUUAAGUGGUACGUGCUCCUGGCCUUGGGUUUGGUUUGCAACCUAAGCAGUUAAGCAGUCCAUUCAAAAUUUUUAUUGAACCAUGGUAUAUCGUUGAAGGGAAGAUGUUAAUGCCAUGGAAAAAACUAUAUUGAAACUUUGAAAAAUAUAUAUUAUCUUGGUGUAUUGAUUGGACCGUGGCUAAAAUUGCCCAGAGUCUUACUUAGAAAAUUAAAAAUAUCCAAACAAACAAAAAAAAAUAUUAAAAAAAACAAAAAAAAAAAAUACUCAAUCCAGGCGGAGAAGAGUAUGGAUCUUCAAUAGGUCCUUAUUGAUGUGCUUGUUGUUUAAAAAUAUAUUACUCAAAAUAUCAUAUUAUCCAAAAUAUAAGGUUCAACUAUGAUUGAUCCAAUUAACAUAUACUCAAUAUACAUAUAUAUAUAUUUGUGUCUAUAAUUAUUGGCUUAUCAACUGGCUUCAAGAAAGCUAAGUUUUAUGCAAAUUUGGAACGUUUAGUGUGAAAAACAUUUUUGACAACUUUUUUGUGAAAUUUCUCUGUCUUCGAAUCGAUUUCAAUAAAUUGCGACCCGACUCACGGAAA